AUGCCAGGCUCCGUCCACUCAGACUCCCAAGACCAGUCUAUGGUCGACGCGGGACAAGAACAGCCGGAGGUCCCUAUCCAGUUGGACGAGAAGCGCAUUGUAGUGCUUCCGGGCGCCGACGAACACAACGCUUCCUUCCAAUUUGAGAACGAGGGCCACACACUCGGCAAUGCCCUGCGCUACGCUAUUAUGAAGAACGCCGAGGUCGAAUUCUGCGGUUAUACUAUCCCCCAUCCUUCCGACCCUAAGAUGCACCUUCGCAUUCAGACUACCGACCAGACUACUGCCUUAGCCGCCCUCGAGAAGGGCUUCAGUGACCUGAUGGACCUGUGUGACGUUGUCACUGAGAAGUUCACAGAGAGCCGGGAUCGGUUCAACGAGGAGAGCAGCAAUCGCAUGCAAGUUUGA